CAAUUUAGCGUGCGCUAAUGGGCCGGCGCCUUUGUGCGGCCCGCGCCGUCAUUGGCCGCGGAGUGUGGGAACGGCCGCGGCACCCGGGCCCCAGGCGCCAGCCCGCCGCCCGCGCCUAUAUAGGGGCCGGGAUCCGCGCCAGCCCGGGACGCGCCAGCUCCGCUCCCUGCCGCCUUGCCACCUCGCCUCUCCCCGCGCCAGGCAUGGCUCCCAGCACCGUGGCCGUGGAGCUGCUCAGCCCCAAAGAGAAAAACCGACUGCGGAAACCGGUGGUGGAGAAGAUGCGCCGCGACCGCAUCAACAGCAGCAUCGAGCAGUUGAAGCUGCUGCUGGAGCAGGAGUUCGCGCGCCACCAGCCCAACUCCAAGCUGGAGAAGGCCGACAUCCUGGAGAUGGCCGUCAGUUACCUGAAACACAGCAAAGCCUUCGCCGCCGCCGCCGCCGGCCCCAAGAGCUUGCACCAGGACUACAGCGAAGGCUACUCGUGGUGCCUGCAGGAGGCCGUGCAGUUCCUGACGCUGCACGCGGCCAGCGACACGCAGAUGAAGCUGCUGUACCAUUUCCAGCGACCCCCGGCCGCAACCGCUGCGCCCUCCAAGGAGCCCAAGGCGCCCAGCCCGGCGCCUGCGCCUGCCCCGGCCAAGGCCGCCACUGCCGCCGCUGCGCGGCAACCCGCCUGUGGCCUCUGGCGGCCUUGGUGACCAGCGAGACCCGCAGGUGGCCGCCCAGCCCCGAGGACAAGAGGGCCGGGGUGUUCCUCUGGCAGGGGAAGAGCCUUCCCAUCGGCUGUACAGCCUCAGGCUUGGAUGCACCCCUUCUCCGGAAGGCUCUCUCUCUCCAGGCUGGCCGGCCAGCAGGAUAGUCAUUCUCAGAGAAUGCGUGCAGAGUCCUUGUC